UCAUUUUCCCUUCAACUCCAAAUUUCAUUUUCCCCCAAAUCGUAAAACUAUGAAAGCUGAAAGAGUGAAAGGUGAUUGGGGGGAUUGGCGAAGCUGAAGGAAGGGGUUGGCGACUGGGCGAACACGAGUGUGAGGAGGAGGAAUCGUGACAGCAAUGAACUCAGUGACGAAAAUAAGAAAGGUUAUCGCUGAUAAUGGGGCUCUUCCUUUGCUGCGUGACUUGUUGACCACCCAAAAUUAUGAGCAACAAGCCAAGAUCAACAUUUUUACGAUCAUUAGACAACUCAUUCAACGGUCUAAGGAUUAUAUUCAGGCUGUGAUUGAGGCUGGUAUUAUUUCACCUCUUGUCCAACUGCUUCAAAAUGCUGAAUUUGAGUUACAGAGUGCAGCUGCUCUUGCUAUUCUUACUGUCACUGAUGGAACUAAUGAGCAAAUCAAGUUCUUGGUGCACGAGGGUUGAAUAAAGCCAAUGUGCGAUCUUCUAGUUAGUCCCCACCUUUUCCACCAAGUAAUUUUCAUCAUAUUAUGCUUGGAAGCCCUUGAGAAAGUUCUGAAAGUUGGAGAAGCUGAGAAGAACCAAGGUAACACUGAAGAUGUCAAUGUCUUUGCUCAGAUGAUUGAUGAUGCAGGGGGUCUUCAGAAGAUUAAGAACCUCCAGACUUGUGACAGCGGUGAAAUAUGCGAAAUUGCCGUGAAACUACUUGAAACAUAUUGGUAGGAAGAGAAUGAUGAUAAUCUGCCUUCUGGUGAUGCUCCAGAAUCUGGGGGCAGGUUUGUUACCCUGCAAUUGAUCAUUCCUUUGUUUUCUGCCAUAAAUUUUAAGGCACGUUUGGUACAUACUAAUGAAUUGGAGCCUCAACUUGAUAGAUAA